CACCCCCGUGUGUCCCCCAGGCAGGUCCGGCCCGCGGCUGAGAACCCCCCACCGGCGGUAUGGCCUCACAGCUGCAGGUGUUCUCCCCUCCGUCAGUAUCCUCGAGUGCCUUCUGCAGUGCCAAGAAACUGAAAGUGGAGCCCUCUGUCUGGGAUGUUUCAGGACAGAGCAGUAGUGACAAGUAUUAUACCCACAGCAAAAACCUCCCAGCGGCUCAAGGGCAAGCAAGCUCCUCUCAUCAGGUAGCCAAUUUCAGCAUCCCCGCUUACGAUCAGAACCUCCUUCUCCCUGCUCCUUCAGUUGAGCACAUUGUGGUUACAGCAGCUGACAGCACAGGCAGCAGUGCAACAGCAUCCUUCCAGAACAGCCAAACCCUAACACAUAGGAGCAACGUUUCUUUACUGGAACCAUACCAAAAAUGUGGAUUAAAAAGGAAAAGUGAAGAGGUCGACAGCAACGGUAGUGUGCAGAUAAUUGAGGAACAUCCACCUCUCAUGCUGCAAAACAGACCUGCGGUGGGUGCUGCGGCCACAACCACCGCGGUAACCACUAAAAGCAGCAGUUCCAGCGGUGAAGGAGAUUAUCAGCUGGUCCAGCAUGAGAUCCUGUGCUCUAUGACAAACAGCUACGAGGUCUUGGAAUUCCUGGGCCGAGGGACGUUUGGGCAGGUGGCGAAAUGCUGGAAACGUAGCACCAAGGAGAUUGUAGCCAUCAAAAUCCUGAAGAACCAUCCUUCCUACGCUAGGCAGGGCCAGAUAGAGGUGAGCAUCCUCUCUCGCUUGAGCAGUGAGAAUGCUGACGAAUAUAACUUUGUUCGCUCCUAUGAGUGCUUUCAACACAAGAAUCAUACUUGCCUUGUAUUUGAGAUGCUAGAACAGAACUUAUAUGAUUUCUUAAAGCAAAAUAAGUUCAGUCCGUUGCCCCUGAAAUACAUUAGGCCAAUUCUGCAGCAAGUGGCUACUGCCUUGAUGAAGUUGAAGAGCUUGGGUCUGAUACAUGCUGAUUUGAAACCAGAAAACAUCAUGUUGGUGGAUCCUGCGCGCCAGCCCUACAGAGUGAAGGUGAUAGACUUUGGUUCAGCCAGCCACGUGUCUAAAGCAGUGUGCUCCACUUAUUUGCAGUCGCGCUAUUACAGAGCUCCUGAAAUCAUACUGGGUUUACCAUUCUGUGAAGCUAUUGACAUGUGGUCACUGGGCUGUGUGAUAGCUGAGCUGUUUCUAGGCUGGCCUCUGUAUCCAGGAGCAUCUGAGUAUGAUCAGAUUCGUUAUAUUUCACAAACUCAAGGCCUUCCAGCGGAGUAUCUUCUCAGUGCAGGAACGAAAACAAGCAGGUUUUUUAACAGAGAUCCAAAUUUGGGAUACCCACUGUGGAGGCUAAAGACCCCAGAAGAACAUGAGUUGGAGACAGGAAUAAAAUCAAAAGAAGCUCGGAAAUAUAUAUUCAACUGUUUGGAUGAUAUGGCGCAGGUGAAUAUGUCUACAGACUUAGAAGGGACUGACAUGUUGGCAGAGAAGGCUGACCGAAGGGAAUAUAUUGAUUUGUUGAAGAAAAUGUUGACAAUUGAUGCAGAUAAGAGAAUUACUCCACUGAAGACUUUGAACCAUCCAUUUGUUACAAUGGCACAUCUACUGGAUUUCCCACACAGUAAUCAUGUGAAAUCUUGCUUUCAGAAUAUGGAGAUCUGCAAGCGAAGAGUUAAUAUGUAUGAUACAGUGAAUCAGAUUAAGAGCCCAUUCACCACUCAUGUUGCUCCUAAUACAAGCACAAAUCUGACAAUGAGCUUUAACAACCAGCUCAAUACAGUACACAAUCAGGCCAGUGUAUUGGCUUCCAAUUCUACUGCUGCUGCUACUCUUUCCCUGGCUAACUCGGAUGUCUCACUGCUAAACUAUCAGUCUGCUCUGUAUCCAUCAUCUGCAGCACCAGUUGCAGGAGUGGCACAACAGAGUGUUUCCUUGCAACCUGGAACCACCCAGAUUUGCACACAGACUGACCCAUUCCAGCAAACGUUCAUUGUUUGUCCCCCUGCUUUUCAAACCGGACUUCAGGCAACUACAAAGCAUUCUGGGUUCCCAGUAAGGAUGGAGAAUGCUGUCCCAAUUGUACCACAAGCACCUGCGGCACAGCCACUGCAGAUCCAGUCUGGAGUUCUCACACAGGGAAGCUGUACACCACUAAUGGUAGCAACUCUUCAUCCUCAAGUAGCCACCAUCACGCCGCAGUAUGCGGUCCCCUUUACUCUGAACUGCGCAGCCGGCCGGCCAGCGCUAGUAGAACAGACGGCUGCAGUACUGCAGGCCUGGCCUGGGGGAACCCAGCAGAUACUGCUUCCUUCCACCUGGCAGCAGCUCCCAGGGGUUGCUUUGCACAACUCUGUUCAGCCAGCGGCUGUGAUUCCGGAGACGAUCGGCGGCAGCCAGCAAUUAGCUGACUGGAGGAAUGCACAUUCCCAUGGAAAUCAGUAUAGCACUCUCAUGCAACAGCCAUCACUACUGACCAACCACGUGACAUUAGCUACAGCGCAACCGCUGAAUGUUGGAGUUGCUCAUGUUGUUAGGCAGCAGCAAAGCAGCAAUGUUCCAGCAAAGAAGAACAAGCAGCCAGCACCAAGCGCAGCCAAGCCCAGCUCAACUCUAGAGACUCUGCCCUCCCAAGUCUACUCGCUCAUUGGGAGCAGUCCUCUGCGCUCCACCUCCUCCUCUUCCAACGUGCUCAUCCCAGUGCAGGAGCAGCACCAGCCCAUUGUGAUCCCAGACACUCCAAGCCCACCCGUCAGUGUCAUCACCAUUCGCAGCGACACUGAUGAGGAGGAGGACAGCAAAUACAAACCUGCCAGUUUGGGUAUGAAGCAGAGAUCCAAUGUCAUCAGCUACGUUACUGUUAAUGACUCCCCUGAUUCUGACUCCUCCUUGAACAGCCCCUAUGCCACAGACCCGCUUUCCUCUCUCAGGAGUACUGGUGGUGCCCUGGAGCUGCCGAGUAGAGGAGCGGCUGACAGCUCCAGCUCUCGGACUAUCAUUGUGCCGCCAUUGAAAACACAGCUCAAUGACUGCAUUGUAGCUACCCAAGCUUCAGGCAUCCUGAGCAGCACCAGUAAGACCAAGCCAGUAGCCUCUGUGAGCGGGCAGUCGUCAGGAUGCUGUAUAACACCUACUGGGUACCGCUCACAUCGUGUGGUAACAAACGGUGUGCAGCCUCUCAAUCUCAGCCAGAACCAGCAAACAACAGUGCUGGCCUCACAGGAGAGAAGUGGAAAUGCUGUCCCACGUAGGCAGCAAGCUUAUGUGGCACCCCUCACGUCAACUAUUUCUCAGGCUCCCUACACGUUUCAGCACAGCAGCCCAGUGCAUCCCCACCUGGCAGCAGCAACGGCAAAUGCACACCUCUCCAGCCAGCCGCAUAUGUACACUUAUGCUCCAACCACUGCUGCAACACUGGGCUCCACCACCUCCAUCGCCCACCUCUUCUCCCCUCAGGGCUCUUCGCGGCACACCACGUACGCUGCCCACCCUAGCACACUUGUCCACCAGGUCCCUGUGAGUGUUGGUCCAAGUCUGCUGACUUCUGCGAAUGUUCCGCCUGCCCAGUACCAACACCAGUUUGCUCCCCAGUCCUAUAUUGGUGCUUCCAGAGGAUCUGCUAUUUACACUGGAUAUCUGCUGAGCCCUACAAAGAUCAACCAGUACUCAUACUUGUAGUUCCUAGUAAAGCACUGUCCUGCAAUAGGCCUGAGAGAUUGGAGAAGGAUUUCAGGUGAACCUUUACCGGGUAAUGAGUGCCUGGUUUUUGUUUCUCCUUGAUCUGGUUGUAUGUUGUUCAAAAAUGUCUCUAGUGAGUUCAGUCACUAACUGAGCAGCAUGCUUUGUUACCAGUACGAGGGUCACUAAUUAAGUUUUUAAAAUUUUACUUACUUUUUAUAGAUGCUUUUAAAAAGUUCAUGGUCACAUUUAUUUAAAAAUGUUCUGUUGUGCUAAUCAAAAGGGGAAAGAAAAUCAGUGUCUUGGAAGACAAAUCCUGAUGACUUUUUAAACUUGUAUAACUUAAACAAAAAGACUAGCAGAUUAUAUUUUAGCAGCUUGCACAAAUCCAUGUUGCCACUAAAAAUGGAAUGCACGUUUAUGUUGCUGGGGCAGUUUUAAAAUUAAGUUUAAUACUUUAACAUUUGUUCUCUAAUUCACUUUGUCUCUAACAAAUUGCUGGUUCUGCAAAAGCCAUUACAUCUCCGCAUACGUUACUGUCAAAGUUUUUUGUUUACUUACCUGCUUUGUUUAAGGACUGGUAGAGGCAGCUGCCUUGUACUAGCAACAUUACAUAUUCAGGAGUCCCUGUAAACCCUGAAACCUGUUUUGUUUUCUUGAAAAUUCUGUGUCUCCAUAACACAGCUGAAUUUUUAUUGCAUUCAUUGCAGAAUUCUUCUAAGUUUUUCAAACUAUAUUCAAGAUCUCACUGUGUAACAGAACUCAGCAGCUUUGUCAGGAUGCUGUAGUCUUCAGUUGAGAAUGAAUAGUGCAGCAUUGCUCUAAAAUUUGGUUUCUGCAACUUAAUAGAUGCUGGCCCUAUAACGGAGCUGGAUUCCUUCACAGAAGCACAGGGCUUUUCUUUGUUUUGUUUUUCUUAAUAUUUUUCCUCAUAUGAUUCAUUUAGGAGGGAGUGGAAUUUGAAAUACAAUGAAACAUCACUGUAUUGAUUUGUACAGCUUUUUAUACUCCUGUGAGCGUAUCCUCCUGGAUAUGUCAACAGCUACUUUAAAGCGCUCUUAAUAAGACUUGUAUACAGUACAUGCAUGUAGGAAUUGAGGGGGGGGCGGGGAGAGAAAGAAAAAAGAAAAAAGGAAAAAAAAAUCCAGAUUUUAAAGUUUAUUACUGAAUUUAAAACUAUUUUAGAAGUUUUGUAUUGGUGGUGUUUUAAUAUUUUACAUAAAAUGAAAUAUGUACAUAUUGAUUAGAAAAAUAUAACAAGCAAAACUUCCUGCUAACCCCAAAUGUUCUGUCUUUGUAAUCAAAAUGUGUAGUGAUUAUACUUGAACUCUGUACUUAGUGUUUGUCUAAUUCUUAAACGUUCCUGGGGAUGGAGUUGAUGUAUCCUUUGUAUUUAAACCAAAAUGAAUUGAUUCAUGUUGGAAUGUAUGUGAUAUAAUGCAAUGGUUAGAGCUCAUCACUGUAGCACUGAGAGAGGAGUAGAGCUUCAUGAGAGAAAAGGAUACCUUCUGAUUUGUUUUGCACAGGUAUGUGUGAUGAAGAGUUGUUUGGUGUGUCCCCUUAUUGUAGUGCCUUAAAUGAUGAUGUAGUGUGACUAGAGUUUACAGUGAGCUUGCCUUAUGAGGGACCAGCAAGCCCCCGUCGAAUUGAAGCAAUUCACUAAGCUUAUCACAGCAAGAACAGCAGUAUGUUGCAUAGGUGCGUUGUUCUCAGUUUUAAUGCUAUCAUAAAAAGCUACAUUUUUGUUCGGAGUGAAGCGAUGUUUCCUUAAAGCUUUUCCUUGAAAUGGCACAUGUACUGUUAGAUGUCUGUCAGUGCAUUUCGAAUAAGGUAGUGCUGGGAAUGCAUUGGAAUGUUUAGUCUAAUAUUGCAGAAGUGAUUAAAUAUGUGCAAUCACUUUUUAUUAGAUUAGUAUGGCGUUACCUUCCCCCACGUUAAUAGCAGACAUUUCUUGUAAAAUAUUGCUAGCUUGGUGAUAGAAUAUUUAUACCAAAGAGAGCCUGCUGUAAAGCACAUAAUACCAUUAAAAAGUUUUAUAAUGCUACUGCUAAUGUGGAGUUGUUGGGAAGGUUUGUCAGCUGUAGCCCUAGUUAGUGUUCAGAGGAAAUACUCAUUUUGGAUAAUCAGUGCAGUUUUUAAACUACACUUUGUGUUCUUGGGUCCCUUGUACUAGGAAUUAUUUCUCAUCUUCAGUACGCAGAUUAAGUAUCUUGUCCAAAUGGAUGAUAAACUGGCUUGAGCGGGCGUAUUACUGCAGCAAUAAGAGGUUUUGGUAACCUUGAAUCCCAGUUUAUGUUCUGUCCCAGUGGAAAAGAGGCCAGUUCUCUGACCGGUAUGUGACAAGAAGUGCAGAAGUCAUUUCUGAAAUUCCACAUUAUCGAUAGAAGAAAGUCUGGACUGACCUGAAAUUGAUGAACUGUUAAAGGUUUGGCAUCUCUUUCAAUAGAGGGAUCAAGGACUUUGGAACUGGACGGUAGCAUUAGUGACGUUGUUGUUCAGUGUAUAUUUAGUCAGAGCACUUCUGUAAGUGUGCGGAUAACCAACCGAUCUUGCUAUGCCACGUCAUUGGUGUAAACGAUGCUGUUUGUUGCUGUAGGCACUUUCUUACUUUUUUCCAUAUUACAUUGCUUGUGUUCAGUACUUGCCUUGGGAUGCCUCUUGGGUACAGAGUUGUGCCUUUCCAUCGAAAGGCAAAACAAGCUCCAAUUCCUGUGUUUCAGGAAAAAAAGACCUCUAGCAAAAUCUGCUAAUAAUUUUGAGAAGAACUUGCCUGCUUCCCCCCCAAAAAGCAGAUUAAAAUGACCAUUUAUCUUUAGAAUCCCUAUUACAUAAUUAAACCCGAUCAAAUGUAUUCACAAAGCAUGGUGUCAUCUCUUCCACUGUCCAAGUUUCCGAAAGUAUUGGAACAAGGAGGACGAGGUGGAAAUGACAUAGGUAAAAUGAAACGUACUCCCUUUAAAACAAGUUGUCGAUCACCCUGAAAUUCCUCUGUGAUACACAGCGUAAACCAAGCACACAAAACCCCCACCCCAGCAGGGCCAGACUUUCAUUUGGCACUGGCUUCACAAGUGUGGCGGAUCCCAGUCUGGCCCCAGUAUGUGUUGCCCCCUUUAAGUGUAUUGUAGUCUGCUCUAAGGAGCUACAUCCCUUCUUCCCCUGCAUAUCCAGCCUUCAAAUUCGGUUAAAGAAUUGACUCUCCUCAUUGUCAGAGCCACUACACAUAUUUUGUAAAGACAUGUGCUAUCUCUGGAUAGAAAUUGGAGUCCUUUAAUUUUUUUAAAACUAGUUUGGGAUUCACCUUUUGAAUAUUUGAUAACCGUGGUCCCAUCUAGACUUGUCUGUGAUUCUUGAACUGUUAAAUCAGUAGUUCCUAUUACCUGACCUGUAUUCGCAGCUGUGAUAGCCACUGCAGAGGCAACUUCUGAGGCUUUCCUGCUUAGCACCUAGUUGAUGGGAUGCAGUAAUUUACCUCUGACUUGGCAAUUUUUUUAGUACAUGAGACUAAAUUGCUUCUAAAUGACAGGAUUGGCACAGCCCUGCUUUCUUUUUUAUUUAAACUUCUGAAUGGUGCCGCAUGUCCACAUGGUUGUUUGUUGCUAAACUUUAUAUAAUGUGUGAUUUCAGAUUCAGCUUGAAAUAUAUCUAUCUCACUACAUGUAGCAGUACAUUAUAUGUAAUGUUAGUAUUUCUGCUUGAAUCCUUGAUAUUGCAAUGGAAUUCCUACUUUAUUAAAUGUAUUUGAUAUGCUAGUUACUGUGUAAAAUUUAACUUUCUUUUAUGAUUGUGCUCUUCCUUUUUACAAGCCGCUAGAUACAGGUAGUUUCUGACAAUUACUGAUCUAUGUUUGUAUUGCUGAUGUACUUAGGGGGUAUGUAAAAAUCAUUUUAACAAAAGAAAUAGAUAUUUAAAAAUUUAAUACUAACUAUAUGGGAAAAGGGUCCAUUGUGAAAACAUAGUUUAUCUUUGGAUUCAAUGUUUGUCUUUGGUUUUACAAAGUAGCUUGUAUUUUAAGUAUUUUCUACAUAAUAUGGUAAAAAUGUAGAACAAUUGCAAUGCAUCAAUAAAAAGGGUUAAUUUUCUGUACUCUA